UUGGUGAUGGCGAAUAUCUUAAGAACGAUGUGUCGGAGGAGCGUAUGCACAAAGAGAAAAUCAAACAUCUCGGCCAGACACAUCUAUUGCCCACAAUGAAAAACGUAAGUUCAGAAGUCAUUCAUAAGGACGUGGUGAUCAUCGGAAAUGGGCCAAGCGGGCUGGCACUUUCGUACAUGCUAUCAGGAAACAUACCCUAUUUAAUUUCAACGUCUCAUCCAGAUGACUUGUUGUCUGCGCGCCUUGGCACGAUCAACAGUAACAGCUUAGUACACCAGGAUCUACUUGAAUUGGCUAACGGCCUAGAAGGAAGGUCGACCAACCCAAUUUCGCUGCUAUUAGACUCACUUGCACAACCUUACGCCGAUAUGGGACUAGAAUUAACACCAUUAAUCGAAUGGAGAAAAGAGGGAAUGGAGAUUGACCACGUGGUGUUGGGGAAGGGACCUCCUGGUGGUUCCUGGCACGAUAUGGACCCGAACAUUUUAACCUUAUCCCUUGGCACUUGGAUGGCACUACCCGGUUUACCAUAUCGCGCACGAGACGGCUCGGAAAAGCGCGCCUCGGCCGGAAAUGUCGCUAAAUACUACUCGCAAUACGUUAAAGAAAUGCAACUGGAGAAGUACUUCAAAACGGGCAUAUGCGUCACUCGAAUUAGGCAGCUAGACGAACCGUCAGUCACUUGCGGCCCGGAACCGAGCAAAAUCAAGAAAAUGGAAUCCGAUGGCGAACCUCGAAGGCCGAAGAUCUGUUCUCUAUCCAACGCUCUUAAUUUCAUCCGUUUGCGCGCGAAUAGGAAAUGUAAACGACGAAGAGAUGCCUUAGUGAAAAAUGAGCAAAGUCCCGAUAGAAAAAUACGCGAGGUUGUACUAAAAGCUCCUAAUCAAAUCAAUUGGCGGUGCCAAGAAGCUUUAGAAACUGUUCCUUUUUCUUACUCUUCUCCUGUAAAUAGAUCUGUAAACGUUUCCUGUGAUUUUGAUAGUUUUCAAUCUCCAUGUGAUAGUUUUUGUGGUAAAUUUUUUAACGAACACGGUAGCUUUUUUAAUCAAGUUAAAAGUUCGUGUCAUUCCUCAACGGUGCCUCACUUCUUAAAUAAUUGUGAUAACGAUUCUGACAGACUGAAAGAAAACUGUGAUCCUGCCACAUUUCGCGGCUCUAAUCCGAAAUGGUUAGUGGAAACUUAUGACGCAAUCACUGGCGGCUACGUUACCUACACGUGCAACUACUUAGUUUUGGCUAAUGGCACCAGCGACUUACCCAACAGAUUAUCAUUGCCGGAAAAUCAAAGAAGUCCCCAUUGGAUGGUACACGAUGUACGCAGUUUGGAACUGAAUUUGGACCGACACGCGGCUACUAAUUCAAAUCCUGAACCUGUAUUGGUGAUCGGUGCAGGUCUGAGUGCGGCCGACGCCAUCAUCGCCACAAGAUGUCGAGAUAUUCCGGUUUUACAUCUAUUUAGGCAUAAGAAUGGGGAUCUUGGGAAAAAACUCCCUGAAAACAUGUACCCGGAGUAUCAUAAGGUUCAUCAAAUGAUGCAGGAUGGAGGUUCAACCUACCCUCUCUACACUGCGCUACCGGAAUGUACACUAACAGACAUAGAUAGUGAGAAAAGGAUAGUAUCAAUCAAAACGAAAUCUGGAGAAAAGUUAACCUUCAACGUAUCAUUCGCGGCAGUUCUAAUCGGCGCUCAUUCAGAUCUUAGUUUUGUACCAGACAACUUCAAUUUAGGAGUCAACAAGAAUCUACCAAUUGACAAUAAAGCAAACAACAUUGACAUAAAUAAGUUAAAUUAUUCCGUUACAGGUAUUAAUAAUUUAUAUGCGAUGGGUCCACUAGCUGGUGAUAACUUUGUCAGAUUUAUUCCUGGCGGUGCAUUAGCUAUAGUAUCUGAUUUGUAUAAAAAAUAUGGGUAUUAAACAAUUCAUUCCAGUUGUUAUUGCUUGGAUUGUGACUUUUCUGUAAAUAUUUCUUAUAGGUAUCCUGUCCAUUAGUUGUUAAUUGUGAUCAUACUUUACACAGUUUAGACUAGUUAUUUAUUCAAAAAGUAGAAAGUUUAAAAGAAGUAUCUACUCUGUAAUUGUAUUUGAAAUUUAUUUGUGAAACACGUUAAUAGCAUCGUAUUAUUUUAAA